UUUCAUCAACGUUAUGAUCAUUAUGAUCAUUAUCUGUCACAUGCUUUAAUAUGGAACAUGGCUCCAAUAACCAGGAAGCAAUUUCAGUUCAUUGCUUGGAUCCUCUUGCCGAAGAUGUAGUUUCCAUGCGCUCUAAGUCUGCGGAACCCUUGGGUAGGGCAAAAUCACCAAGCAGUAGCAAAUCUCACCGGACCAAGCGAUACUCUGCUGCUGAAAGGCCGAAAUUUCAUUUUCAUGAUAGACAAAAUUCUGAGGACAAAAAGGAUCGCCGGAGAAGGCACUCUAGCUCUUCUAGAAAGAAGGAAAUAACGACAGAUGCGCCCGUUCACAAAGGAUUCAAAACUCCAGAUCCCAUCAAAGAAAAUGAAGCUGAAUGCAAGCAAGAUAGCCAUAAAUCAUCUCAAUCAGAAGAGCUACUGGAAAAUGAAAAAGAUAAAAUGAACAAUCUGACACCAGAGAAGGAUCGCAGGAGAAGGCACUCUAGCUCAUCAAGAAAGAAGGAAUCAACCAUAGAUUCGCCGUUCCAUAAAGAACCCAAAACUCCAGAUCCCAUUAUAGAAAAUGAAGCUGAGAGAAAGCAGGAUCUUAAUUCUGAAGAGUCAGUGAAUGAAAAGCAACAUGAGCAAGAGGUUACAAAUGUGAAGCUUGAAAAACCUCUCACUUUAUCUGCUGUCCACGAAGACUCUCCCCCUAGAACUACAGAAAUCAAACCCGAGAUAAUCAAAUUUAAAAAGGUUUCAAAGUUUGUCGAGGUAUCUCCAAAUGUUCGAAAAAACGACCACAAAAACGAAAUUGUCAGAUCCUCAAAACCUGCCAAGUUUGUUGUACUCCAGCACAAACAGAACGAGCCUGACAGCAAGAAAGAACCAUCCAAGAAAGACUCUAAGAAGAAAGAAAAGAAAGCAAGCAAGUCAAAGAAAGUUAAAAAGAGGAGAAAGAGAAAAAGUUCGUCAUCGUCCUUAUCUUCUUAUUCUUAUUCAGAUUCAGAAUCGUCGAUACUUCCAUCAAUGAAGAAAUCUGUAUCAAAGCUAGCGCUUUGUGAAGUCCCAGAAUCAAGCAACCGACCUCCUCAUGGUCCCCCUCCACCACCCCGACCACCUAGAUCUGAUCAAACCAUGGAUAGUCAUGUCUACGAAAAUUAUCCGAUUCACAAAAAUGGGUCCAAUGCUCCUGCCACAUUGACAGCAGAAAUUAUCGAAACUCCAAUCAUCAUACCAUCACCUUUAAAACGGAAAAACUCAGAUUUACGAGUUCCCCCUUCUCCGUCUCAUUCCCCUUUGCUCAGGAGAAAGGAGUCAGUUGAGCUCCAGAAGAAAAGUCCAGAGAAAGAGUCCAUGAACCCACAGUUUAAAUUGUCACCAACAAAGCAAAAAAAAAGUAAAAAUGAUGCGAAGCUAGAUCGACGGGUGUCUGUGGCUGCUAGUAUAUUUGGAGAUGUUGUCAAAAGACGCCCUCCAACCCACCGUCAUGUCGACAAUCGUCCUAAAAACCCUCUUGAAGAAAUUAAAACAAAAAACUUCAGCCUCAAGAGGACUUUUGAAGGGGGAGCUAUAAAUUUAGAGAAACCUGUACCAGGUUUAGGACGUGUUCUUGGAGAAGUGACAGUUAUUAAGCCUCCUCGUCCGCUAAACCGUCGUCAAUCAGCCCCACCAGGUUACCUAAGUAUUAGACCUGAACCACCUGAAGAAGCUAACAUUUUGGGUCAGAUUAGUGGUGGAAUUAAACUCAGGUCUGUUCCGAAACCCGUGGAAUCUAGGAUAGGACUGGGAAGAGUUAUCGAAGAUUCAACUCCUGAUGAUAAUAACGACCUGCCCUCGAUUCCAAGUGGCAAACAGAAUAACUACUCUCGACUUCUCUCAGAUAUCAAGGAGAUAGGUGAUCAGAUCGAGGAGGUAUUUGAUGAUGUUGUGGAUAAAGUUGUGAGUAAGGCCCAGACACCACCACCUCCUCCACGUCCUCCACCUACCAGCAACAAAAAACCUGGCAUCUCUAAAGAUACCGAUCAUCUUGGUGUCCCUAAAGCUCUUCACGCCGAAAAGAAUCUCAAAACCUUCGGUAUAAGUCCCGCUCUACGCCCCAAACUGACUUUAUCCGCUGUUUCUACCCUAGAUAUUCCACCUGCCACUCCAUCACCAGACGAAAAGGAGCCAGACUCUGUGUUUCCAGGUUACCAAUCAAGUCUCAGAUCUAAAGAAACUGUAUCGUAUGCCACUAAAACUGCUGCUAUUCUCACCCCCUCGCCUAUACAGAGUCCAUCUCAAUUUGUUGACGACAUACCUGAAAACAUAUCCGAUAAUCUGCAAUCUUACGAAGAAGCUGCUUGCAAUGUCCUACACUUCCUGGUGCCAUUGUAUGGAGCGUUCUAUAAUGGACUUGUAGACUACAUUCCUUACAACAUUCCUUAUAACUAA